CCGCCGCCCGCGCCGCAGCUAACCGCACAGGAGCAGCCCGGCGGCCGCACGACGGUCCCCGCCAUGUCCGCGGCCAUGAGACAGAGGUUCGACCGGUUCCUGCACGAGAAGAACUGUAUGACCGACCUCCUGGCCAAGCUCGAGGCCAAGACCGGCGUGAACCGCAGCUUCAUCGCGCUCGGUGUCAUCGGGCUGUUGGCCUUGUACCUGAUGUUCGGCUAUGGAGCCUCUCUCCUCUGCAACCUGAUAGGAUUCGGCUACCCAGCCUACGUCUCAAUUAAAGCCAUAGAGAGUCCCAACAAAGAAGAUGAUACCCAGUGGCUGACCUACUGGGUAGUGUACGGUGUGUUCAGCAUUGCCGAAUUCUUCUCUGACCUCUUCCUGUCCUGGUUCCCCUUCUACUACAUGCUAAAGUGCGGCUUCCUGUUGUGGUGCAUGGCCCCGAGCCCUUCCAACGGGGCGGAACUGCUCUACAAGCGCAUCAUCCGUCCUAUCUUCCUAAAGCACGAGUCCCAGGUAGACAAUGUGGUGAACGACUUGAAGGACAAAGCCAAAGAGACUGCAGAUGCCAUCGCUAAAGAAGCCAAGAAAGCUGCCGUGAACUUACUGGGUGAUGAAAAGAAGAGCACCUAAACCACCCACAGGAUGAAACCCUCCUGCCCUCCGCACCUUCCUAUUGGAGCUUGAUGUUGUGUUGGGGACUGUGGUAUAAUCAUUUUAAUGUUGCCUUGGAAACAUUUUUGAUAUGUUAAAAAAUGGAAUGUGUGUAAGUAUUUUUUUGCUUUUACUGUCUAAAUACAUAGGGAGCAUUUUAAUGUAAAUGUAAUGCAAUGGGCAGUAUCCAACUUUGGAAACUAUAUUUUGCCUCUGGAUAGGGAAUGUGUUACCAUCCUGCAGGGAAUAUAAACUUAAAAUUAUAUAUCCCACGGGCUUUGUACUUCAAUGGGCUCUCUCUGCAUGCAUUUUCUCUGUACUCUUUAAGGUUCUACUUCAUGUAAUGUACAAUUUUGUAUUAAAUGUUUUGAAUGUAGUUGUGCAUAUGUAUAUGUAGGGAAAUGUGCUGACUGUAACAUGCGUGAUGCUCAUGAGCACCUGCCAAAAGCUGGAGGUUCUGUUGUGCUGGUGUGAUCUGCUGAAGGGAUUUAAGCGAUAAAUGAGGUUGAAUGGAGGUUGGCCUGUUGUUUUCCUAAUGCAGCAGCAGAAUACUGGAACAGCUUUGUAAAGCAGCCACUGUGCUGCUCAAUGGGGAAAUAAAUGUACACACAUCAGUGAUCUGCAGCUCCCACUUCCCUAUAGAACCAGUAAUACUGUCUUGUGGCCUGUUGAUAAUCUGCUGAUAAGCUUUAGAUUUGUUUGUUUUUGAGAUGCUAAAAUGGAAAUCAUCCCUGGUUUCACCUUCAUUGCUGACAUGUUGGUAUAGUCUUGAGUCUUUUUUUUUUUUUUUAACCAUUUGAAGGACCCCCCGGAGACUUGCCUGCCUCUGAUUACAUAUAUGUUCUUGUUUAUAUCAUUAGCUAGCAGUACAUGCUAAUGAUGACACAGGCUCUAAGAGCAGUUCUGGGAAACAGAAAGGAAGUUUGGUAUAACCUGUAGUCUAGUUGGCAGUGGUUAAGUCUAACUGCCUUCACCUUCUCGGGCCUUUAAAGUCAAACACAUGAGGCCUCCCUAGUCUGCAAGUCAGGGUCAUUUGUAAUAUGUUUAAAUGCCUUCAUCUUUAUGCUUUGUUUUAACACACUGCAUAUAACUACAUAGUUUAAGUAUAGAACAAAAAGUUGAAAUCAGUGUCUCCAUAGUUUGAUCAGCAAGUAGCUUACAGAGACUAUGGCAGCUUGUCUGGGCUAGAGAAACUGAGCUCUGCACCAGCCAUACUGCAAGGAACUUCUGGAUCAGACUAAACUGACUGAAGAGUAUAACCAAACUACCAGGGUGAAAUAUCCAGCCUGUAAGGCAAAUGUUUUUUAAGGCAAAUAAAGAUAGUUCUCAUUUCAAUAACAAUUAGAUAAGGUCAUAAUGAUGUCUCAUGAUGUAAAAAAUAUUAAAGAUAUCAAAAAUAAGAGACAGUAUCACCCAAACAUUAUGGAUUAGGGCAUUUUUUUCUGGGGAAAAUUAAAUCAUAAGGCAUCUUGUUACAUUUACCUUAAAAAACUUAGAAAGCAAACAACUAUUAUUUGGAGAAAGUCAAGCCUUAGAUUUAAUAUUUAAAUCUCUUUACCUAUAAAAAAAAAGUAUGUCUUUCUUGGUGCAAAAGAAUGAAAAUUAGCAACCUCUAGCUUACAGAACAUACAGAUUAUGAGUAUAUAUAUUUUCAGGCAAGAUGGGAGGCAUAAAAGUUACUAUUGCUUAAGCUACUUAUAGGCUAAUGUCAGUUUAAAAAAUAUAAUAAGAAAAAACAUUCUGAAUGCAGAUUUUUGUCUUGAUAACUUUCUCCCACAGUGUAUUAUGGAAGAAAUUUGUUACUGUUUUUCGUAGUGAAAGACAGGAGGAGUUUUGAGUUGAACAAUUCUGUUUCAGCUUUGAUUUCCCAAGUAAUGUACUGCCAUGCUAGAGUAUUUGAAAAACUAAUUGAGCCUGUGUCUAGCUAGAAGACAAGCAUUUAUUUGUACAUGAGUGGUAUUUGGGGGAAUUAUAAAGUUAUAGAAUCCCUACAGCAAUUCUUUCUCUACUUGAAAGGUUUCAGAUCAACAAUUACUGCUACUCUGGAGAGUCUCUGCCCACAGCCUGAAGAAAAUGAGCAUAGCCUUUCACUACGUUACUGCCUGUCCUGAAGAUGUGAUCUAUUGAAUGGAUAUGGAUGUAAAUAAAAUUCCAUUGUCUCACUGAA